AUGCUAGACGAUGAAUUGGACGAGGUGCCCCCCGAAUUUUUGAGACCCGAGGACUCUGCUCCAUUUGGAUUUGAAAUCUACGUAUUGCGUCAGUUUGCUAAUCCAUUUCGUUUGUCAUGGGUGCUAAUACGCUUGGGCUACGAGCCAUUUCCACCGGUCAAGUUUCACUCUCCGUUGGCGUUGCUCGGUUGGUCUUCGCCCAUUUUGGUUUAUCCGAAUGUGUUCCAAUAUGUGUACUACACUAUCCGAAAUUUGGGCUUAUGGCGCGUUAUAUCCACCGGUGUAUUUGCUAGCGCGUGUGUGGAUUUCAUUUCACAAUUAUUUCAUCGCGCCUCUCGCUACCGUUCUAUUGUGUGGCAACGAUGGUUAAACAGGUGUGAAACGACACAGACCGCUUCUUCUGAAUGGAAUUUGGACACUCGUACUGCUCAGCGCAUUAUGCCUUUUCAAAUAGAAAGACAAAUGGAAGAAGCUCAGCCAUUUCUCUUUCUGACUAUGCUAUUUGAGGCCACAUCGAUCAAAGUCUGGGAGGUCCUAAUAACCCAUCCUUUCUACGGUUAG